UCUUCCAGGGGGGCUGCUGUUGAGGAAGGGGUCGUGGGGGGAGGUGAGGCUGGGGCAACGGCAUGCGUGCCCACAGAGAGGGCUCCAAGUGCCACCUCUGGCAUGUGUGCCAUAGGUUUGCCACCACUGUCAUAGAAUGAGAGAUCUCUAAUCCCUACCUCCAAAUUGGUGACCUAUGCUUUUUGUGUGAAAAUGAUUAUAAAAUACCAAUAAAUUGAUCCAAACCUGCAGCAUAAGAAAACCCAUAUAUCAUUUGAGGUUCCUUCCUGUUUGGCAAAAACAGGCCUCAUAUUUGGAAUGCUUGAAGUUCUUUUAAAAAAAAUGAAUAAGAAAAAAAAAAGGAAGAAAGCUAUGCAGGCGCACAUAGACACAGUUUUUUUUCUAUGCAAUGAAAUCCUGUCAGCACAGUUAAUCCCUAGGGAAAUCAAAAGUAUAAGCUCCAGAACAGCAACAAGUGAAUGGUCAAAACCAUGUAAUCAAGAUGAAGGCCUCUUCAUACUGAGAUUACACACCCCAUUGCCUCCAAUCACAACCAAAGAUGACAGGAACACAAAUUUAGAAUCAUCUUAUUUUGCAAGGUCUAACUACCCAACAAAAAUGAUAAACCGCUCCGGAUUUUAAAAAUCCACUUUGUCUCUGUACCUUGGAUUUGAGAUAGAUUAAAUAAUUGAAAAGGCUAGGCUAUUAGGUCAUGAUUUCUGUACUGCAGCUGUCCAGCACAAAUUGACAGACACUCGGUAAAUCCUGUUGAUUGAAUAAGAGGCAGGGAAAAUCUCCAUGCACAGCAAAGCACACUUGAAAUGGAGAAAGGAGCAUAAUCGAAUGGAAAAAAGAGACAGCACUUUAUAUGGAUUUACUUAACUGGUCCUGUGGUAGUAAGAAUAGUAAUUUAUGAAUUAAGGCAUCAAUGGAUACACAGAACCAGUCUAAACGGCAACGGCAGCUCAGACAGAAAUACUGCUUCUCAUAAAAAUUGAAUUGAACUUUCUGUAAACUCGACAAGUGAAGAACCAUGAAUGGUUCAUUUCUUUUUGUUUCAAGUAUUAUCAUACUGGUAGAUGUGGUGACCGACUGUCCCCUCAAAUGUCUGUGUCAUCCAAAUUCAAGGACAGUGGAUUGCAGAAAUCAAGGACUUGCCGAAGUUCCUUCCCAUUUACCUGCUGAAACUCAAAUAUUACUUUUGUCAAACAAUGGCAUUCAGAAACUCAGUCAAAGGACUUUUAGGGGCACAAAGAGUCUCAAAAUCCUGGACUUAUCGAACAAUUCUAUUUCAGGUUUAUUACCUGAAACAUUUGGAGGACUAGUACAUUUGCAGAUUCUAAAUCUAACCAAUAAUGUCAUUGGAUAUAUAGAUAAUAAGACCUUUAGCUCUCUACCCCACUUAAGAGCACUGGAUUUAUCAUCAAACAAUAUAUCAAAGCUUCCUAGAACUUUAGGAAACAAGACAGAGAACAUUACUUUAUUGUCUCUGAAAUAUAAUCAUCUUCACGAAGUUGACAGACUUCUGUUAGAAUCACUUCCAAAUCUGAAAAUGAUUCUUUUCAAGGGUAAUUUCUGGCAAUGUAAUUGUCAAGUCUUUGGGCUUAAAUUAUGGCUGGAAACCUUUCUGUACAAUGGAGGAAUUAGCGAUGAAAUUGUCUGCUCAACCCCUGAAAAUCGGAAAGGAAAAGACCUGCUGAAAAUUCCCUACGAGUUGUAUGGGACCUGUUUUCCUACAGCUUCUCAUGGUCAUCAAGUCUACUGGCAUCACAGUUCUAAGCCUAAAGGUUCUGCAAAGCACACCCUUCCCAGUGAACAUGGAGGAAACAGCACCCACGCAAACUGUGAACGUAAAUCAAAGCCACGGCCGGUUAACUUGCGUCAUUCAGUUGUCACUGUGGCUAUAACUGGUGUUGUCUGUGGGAUCAUAUGCCUCAUGAUGUUGGCUGCUGCAGUAUAUGGCUGUGCCUAUGCAGUAAUUACAGCAAAAUAUCACCAGGAAAAUUCAUAUCCUGGCAAGGAGAAGGGGAGCCAUGAAGAAAAAGAGCCAUUUGAGAAUUCCUUGGCUUGAGUUUCUGAUGGCUCUGAACUGCCUAAAGGAAAUUCUUUGGUUAGUUGUGGUUCCACUUUCUCUAGAAACAAGAAGAGUAUUGAAAUAGGUUUAAUAUAUCCUGAGGAUUGAUUUCCUUGGUACAGGAAUAUUCUUCAGCAUAUAAAUAUUGUAAUAUGUGAUGUUUUAUAUUUACCUGGUUCAUGGGUAUAAUUUAAUCCUGUUUAUAUAUGGUAGGGUUGUAAACAUUGACCAACAAUUGGAGCAACGUAUAUGCCUAGCAAAAUAAAUGAGCAAAUUUACCCUGGCUUGAUUCAAGCCUCCCUUCCAUAUUCCAGAGUUUUUUCAUAUUCCAGAGUGUUUUCACAUAAACCUAUUCUCAAAAAAAAUCUUUUGAAAUGGGAAGAAAAUGGACUAUGCUAGCACAUUCCUGGAUAAACUAUAUAUUAUAUAAAAAUGGGGUUAACAGAUAGAUAGCAAUAGAGACAGAAAUAUUAGACAUUCUCUCCCUCCCUAUGAAUGGUCUUUAAAUAUUUUGUUCUUGACCACUAAAAAAAAUCCUUUUAAACGGAAAGAUGAAAACCUCUCUGUUCCUUUCAAUUGCUUUUCAAAAGCCUUUCAGAAAUCAGUGUGAAAAGAGUUUGAGGUUCUGCUUGAGGUCUUCCACCAAACUUUUAGUUUAAUCCCCAAAUCACAGCCUAGAAAAGAAACAUGCUAAUAACCAUAAAUGAAUUCCAAAAUAAAAACUCAAUGUAGAUUAUUGUAAAUACACUGUACAACAAAUACAACUCUGAUAGAUAACAAGAGUAGAAAUAUCAUAAGGAAUUUGCCUAAGGAAUAUGUGAUGGAUUAAAUAGGUUUAUUUAUUUGCAUUUUUAUUUAUUUCCUCUAAGAAACUUUAAACUUUUCAAUCCUAAAAUUUACUUUAAUCACUAUAUCUUGCUAGCCUUUACAAUUCUAGUUUAUGUAUAAUUGAAAAAAAUAUUAUAUGGGGGAUUUGAAUUAAUAACUUAUGUUAUUGUUGUUGCUCUGUGAUAAUUACAUUUUAUUACAGUACAGAUUUUGUUCAUACUAUUGUUAAUUGGGUAUUAUAAAAUGGAACAUUCAGCCUGUACAUUUUAUAAUAAAUAA